AUGGUAAAUGACCCCCAACAUGGACGGUGGCGGUCAUCCAGUAGGAGACGACGACGUACCAGGGCCUCUCAGCGGGGACUAAACCGAGCGGCUCAACCGCCAGGGGCGGUCCCUCCUGCUUCACAGAAGAAGACCAAGUCGACAGGGGCGACUCAGGGGGGACCAAAACCGGUGGCUAAACCGCCGGGGGAGGUCCCUUCUGCUUCGGCACCCCCCACCUCUACGUUGAAGCUUACGUCAGGAGCGGCAAAGGGUGGGGGGGGGGGGUCAAAGCUGUCAGCUAAACUGACAGUGGCGGCCCCUCCUCCACCUUCACCAGCGCCGAUGGAAACGGGACACGUGGUGGUUUCGUCCCCACCAUCCAGCCCGCCGGCGUCUCCCAAGGUUGCUGUUGCGGCGGACGUGGAGCGUGAAUCCAAGAAGAGGAAAGUGUCUGAAAAGGACUCGCCGACCCAGCCCGAAACCUGUAGGAUCGCUUCGGCCAAGCUGCCCCACAAGGAGUUUACCCAUCUUUCAUAG